UAAAUGCUAAUUUUUCUGGAGUCAUAGAGGAAUAAUGAUCAGAACUCGUUCGGACUCGCUUGAACUCCUCCGGCAAGUCCGACCGAGUCCGAUGAAACCCGCACGGGAAAAAAAGAAAUAGAUUAAACGGGGUACGGGAUUUGUCUUGUAACAAUCCAGAUCCGGAUUUGACUGGACACGACCGGAAUUGUAGAGUCAAUUCCGAUUGUAAUCCGGAGUCGGAAUGAAUACACGACUCCGCUCCGGAAUACCCAUCACUAGUGCCGAGGAGACGUUCGAGCACGAGCACCACGAACUGCUCGAACGGAGCAUUCAAGGUCGCGACAAGCUUGACAUUUGCCUGUUGGGUGCGAAUGUGCAGGAAAGGUAUUGUUGUGUCACCAAAUCUCGCUGUCGUCUUGACGCCCAUCACCACUGCCCUUCCCCGUUACACUCCGCCUCCUCCCUUCCGCUCCCUUACUAGUUGACGCUUGACACAAUACAAACACAAAACAAAAGAGCAAAGGUGGUGUGCAUCUACAACACCUUUCGGGCAAGCAAAACAAGGGUGGGGAGCGAAAACAACCCACGGAGUGCAGCUGUCGUUCGACGCACGCGGCGUGUUUGUUAUGUGAGAAACUGGGCAACCGCUUGGCAACGCCCCCCGCCUGCCACCCCAUAGUACCGUCGCCGCCCUGCCAGCACCGUACCCGCACCGCUGCGAAAACAUGUCCGCGCAGCUGAACGGGCUCGGCGGACGGUGGUCCGGAAGUAAGGCGCGAACGAAGCACGAGCCUGCGACGCAAUCAGCAGCACCGGGCGGCGACAGCGAAGAAUCCUCGCUGGACGAGUUUCUCGAGCACGAGCUGCUCUGCUGGCUGAACGAGGACAAACCGAUCGGGCAGGAGGUGGCCACGCUGCGGCCGGAACUGUACGGCGAGCUGCACCAGCUGCUCGGCGUCGCUACCGAGGCGGACAAUCGGUGCGUCGAGGACAUACUGGCGGAAGCGGAACGGUUGAUGCUGCAGGACGGUGGGUCGGAGCUGCCGGUCGCUGCCGGCGACCAGUCACCGGUCGGGUGGGGCGAACUGCUGCUCCCACCGCCACCAGCGCCACCGCCACCGAUGACGACGAAGUGGGAUGAGAGCGGGCCGCCGUACCAUCGGCCCCAGCGGAUCGCGAGUCCAGCUUGUGUGAAGGGGCUAGAAUUAACCGGGCCGGUCCAUUGCAAUGGCACUGGCGAGCGUAGACAGCAACCAGCGGAGCCGACCAAACCAUCCAAUAAUCGGAUACGGUCCCCGCCGGAGAACCCACCACCACCACCAACACCUCCACCACCAGCACAACAACCAUCAACUCCUACCACGCCCACACAGCGGCGACACAUCGAUCAACCGACAGCAAUCAAAGCGAAGGUUAGGCUCGAGCGCAUCGAACCGACGCACCACUCGAAACAGACGGCGACGGAGUCGUCGCCUUUAGUGCCGUACCGUGCCCGGCUCACGUGCGACCGCUCGACGCAACCGUCGCCGGACGACGCGCCGGACGAUCGGUGCGCGAGCUGGGCCAAGGAGCGGCUGCUCGAGGGGCAAAUUACCGAGCUGCAGGAGCGCCUGAAGGAUACGGAGGAGCGGUACCACAGCCUGAAGCUCCAGUACGACACGCUGUCCCAGGUGCACCGGACGCUGCGCGAAAACUACGGUACGCUGCAGGAGGAAAGCGAAAAGCUGCAGUUCGACAUCCAGCACCUGACCAAGUGUGCCGACGUGUUGCGGUCCGAGUUGCAAUCUGCCCGCUGUGAUCGGGAUUCCGCCAUCGAGCUGCAGAAAAUACUGCAGUCCGAGCUGGACGAAUCGCGCCGGGAGCGCAAAAAGCUGCAGGACGGUGGCGAGAAGGACACGAAAACGAUACAGGACCUGCAGCGCCAGUGCCGCGAGAUGGAGCGGAUACUGAUGCGCAAAAAUCCCGACUCCAUAUCCGCCUUAAUCGUGGCUAGCAAAUCGCCAACGGGCAAGCAGGAACCGGACGGCUCGAACUCGACCACCUGCCGGCUGCUGGAGCAGCGGAUCGCCCAGCUCGAGGCGGACGCGCGGAAGCAGGACGCAAAGGCGCAAGGUAUACUGGCCGACGUGCAGGCCCGCUUUAACUCGGUGCAGGCAAAGUACGAAACGCACAUAGCCGAUCUGGAGAUGCAGGUGCUCAGCCUGCAGGAGAUCAACUCGAAGCUGAACGAGAAGAUCAUCCGCCAGAUGGAGGAGCUGGCCAGCAUCGGCAGCCAUGCCGGCACCGUCAACGGCAGCACCGCUAGCUUUACGCAAACAGACGCAACAGUGGAGGGAGAGGAGGAAGAGGAGGAGGAGGAGCCGAGAGGCCGCAAGCGCGAGGCUGCCAAUGCUAAAGUACGCUCUAUUUUAGUGCAGACGGAUGUGACGGGAGAGGCGGCCACAGCGGCAGCGGCAACGGUGGUGGUACCGGCGGUGCGCCAACCGUCCGCCAAGCGGGCCCAGGCCCAGGGCAAGGAGGAUGCCCAUCUGCUCGCCACCAUACGCGGCAUGCGGGUCGAUCUGGCCAUCAAGGAGAAGGCGGUCCAGCGGCUGACGCGCGAGGUCGAGGAGUGCAAGAAGACGAUCAAGAAGCUGCAGAAAAAGAAGGAACCCGGGCCAGUCGGCGCGGGCAAUGGCGGCGGUGGCGGCGGCCGGGGCGCCGACAGCAGUGGCCGGUCGCCAGUGAAGGUGCGCAGCAAGCCGGAGAGUGGUAGCGAGUGCGCUGCCGGUCCCGAGCCCGGUGCGCUCCGCGAUGCGCAGUCCAAGGUGAAGCUGCUCGAGCUGGACUACAAGGCGCUGCAGGAGAAGCGGCUACAGGACCUGAAAACGCUACAGGCCGCACACGAGAAGGAGCUGGCGUCCUGCCACGAAUCGAUACGCUUUCUGCAGCAGCGGCUGGCGGAAAGCGAGGAGGAGCUGCUGCUGCAGCGGAAGGACAGCAAGCACCGGCCGAACCACGGCACCGAUUACUACGGACUGAAGGCAAAGCGAAUGCGCCCACUAAAGCGGGCUGUUGCGCCGCGGGUCGGGAGGCUAGCGACCGCACGGUACGGUUGGCACCCGGCCGGCAGUACCAACACGUCCGGCAGAUCAGCAGCAGCGCUAGUGCAUCUGCUUGCGAAUGAGUUUCACUGCACGAAAUCGAAACUGUUGCUAGGCGACGACGGGCACAGACAAUAAGAGAAUCUUGUACCGAGAAAAAAAAACAAGAAAAAUACGAAAAUUAACAAAGAUGAAAUUGUAAGGAACAAAUAGACACAUGCCACAGAGAGGAAGAGAGCGAAUGCAAGAAAUGUUCCUGCCAAAUUCAACAACCGUACCCAAAGAAAUUAUUAGAAUGUUUAAGCGACGGACACGUCCAAUAUGCAAAUGUCCCACACAAGCCGUGAUAGUUUAACAGUCCACCAGUGCGCAUAGUUUUGUUUAAAGUACUAAUAUUCGUAAUGAAAAAAAAAACUCAGUUGUUGAGUUAACUGCGGCUGUGCUGAGUUAAUUGACCUUUUUUUUACCUGUAUUAUGUUAUGUUCCGCAUUUACGAAGAAUUGGCGAACAGUUAUUUAUUCAAGUCGCUAACUCACCGCACAGCCACGCAGUCGGGCAGAGGAAAUUGAUCUCCCAGUAGGCGAUGGACAACAACCAGUGCUGCAAAAUGUCAUGAGCAUCACGAGAUAUUUACCAACGAAAACAAUGGACAUAGCUGUGGUAGCUUGAUACUCAUUGCUGAUACUCAAUGAAUGAGUGUCAUGACAUGCCGAAAACGACAUGCAAGUGCUUGAGUCAAACGCGAAACGUCUGCCUCACAAGCUGAGCUUAAUGUCGACACAAGCAUAAUCAUGACUUUUUCUCACUGUGAAAAGCCAAAUGCAACUGAUUCAGUCACCAACAGUCAUGACUGAAACGAAGCUCAAAUCACUUAACGUACACACAACUGUGAUGAUCAGAGGUGAGACUCUAACAUGCUUGGUAAAAUUUUAUUUAACAUCCAACUCUUGGUCACUCACUUGAUCACGACAUUUUCUGUUCAGUGAUAAUCACGACAUUCUUGGAAUAUACUUGGGGCGAGCAACAAAAUGAGCAUUCUUUCUCGCUCUGUUUGCUUUGAGUAUCUGAGAAAAUGUCGCGCCCAGGUGACUGACCAAGAGUUGGUUCCACAACGCGUCACCAUGCAUGUGAUGGUCGCACCAACAGUGUGAGUCUCACCUCUGAUCAUCACAGUAGAGUUCGGUGACACUGACAUGAUUUUGUUUCAGCCAGAAUUUGUCAUGACUAUGUCAGUGACAUUUUGCAAAACUGAUCACAGUAAAAAAAGUCGUGAUAUAGUGACUGACCAAGCGAUGGUCGCAAACAUGUCAUGAGCAUGUAUUAGUCACACCAAUCGUUCUGAGUAUCACCUCUGAUUAUCACAAUUGAGUACGUGACGCUGAUAUGGAUUUUGUUUCAGUCAGAUUGUUUUAUGACAUUGAUAGUGACAUUUUGCAGCACUGAUAACAACAAAGCAACAUACAAUGUUUAAUCAUUACUAGCCGUUCCCAAGAGCUAAAUUCGUUCUAAAAUCGGUCAACCCUAGAACUAUCACAGCAGGGGAAACAAGAAGAGUAGCAGCUUCGACUAUGGCCAAUCAUUCUCGCCACGUGCUUUCGGUUUGCUGCACCCAUAUUUAGUUUGACAUUUUUAUUUUUCGUAAUACCGGUUAUUUGCUAAUGUUUUGUGUUGCAUUGUUUACCCACCGUUUUUUGUUUGUUUGUUUCUAUCUCCUGUUUCUACCUUGGCUCGUGUUUGGUCUUUCGUUUACCCGUCCCGGCCAAAUGUGGGGUGGAGCAGAAACGAAACGAAGCCCUGCGACAGCACGAACAGAAGGAGCGAAAAGAGAGUUUACAUUAUAAUAUGCUAAUUCUUGUUUUUAUUCCACCCUUCUCUCUCUCCCUUCUGCUGCACUCGUCCUGCGCUGGAACUACCCGUCCCGCCUCACUCCCUGUGCGAAUAAUCGUGUAUGUGUGUGCUCUUUUUUGUAGGUCGCAUAUUUAGAACGACGCCAUACCGAGCGCGAGCAACGACUUCUUAUGUUGGUAGAAGCGUUAAGCAAAUAAUUACAACCCUACCACCACCACCCCUUCCACCGAGUGGGAGGAGGUGGAAGAUGCAGGAGGGAGAUAUAAUUUUAAGCGUUUUUAAAACCCGCCGGCUACCCCCCUCCCUUUCGGACACAUUCCACCCAGAGGGGGGGAUGGCGGAUGUGCGCGGUUAGGAUGGCAGCCAAUGUGUGGGGCUGUUUGUACAAUCGUCAAAACUUUAUUCCCUUCUAGUCAAAAUCGGUGCACCAACGGGCACUCACCUACCCCAUCCACGUGCUGGGCUGUACCGGUGGACGCAACUGGAUUACGCGACGGAUUCUAGGGGGGUGGGGCGCGCCACCAGUGUGAGGUUCUGCCUGAUGUGUGACUGUCGUCUGUGUGUUCUAAUAAAAACAAAAAAUUAACAGAAAAACACACAGACGAGGGCGUACAAUUUUAAUGUAGUUUAAUCUAUUAAUGUUUGAAAAUAUUACAUGAAAAAAACAGAAGAGAAAAAAACACAACAAAACAUAAAAGGUGACAAAUAUGCAAUUAUUAAAAAAAAAAACUACUUACUAUCAGAUAGUAAUUCGGUUAGAUGUGUUUAUUGUCGGAAUCGAAAAACGAAGAAGAAUCUCAGUUUCGGCGCGUUAUAGGACGGUUUUGUAAACUUAGACGUGUAUUUUUUUCAGUUAGUAGUUAAGAAGCAGAUAAACAUAUAGUAGAGAAUAACCAUUUCUGUAUGUAUACAUUUGUUUGCCUUUAUUUCAUUAUAGUGGGCCACAACACAGAUUAUACAGCGCGAUUUGCGAUACAAUGA